CUCCUCUGGCGGAUCAGCUGACUGUGAUGCGCUCUGGAAACACCACUGUUAUGACAUUAUGAAUAACCAUUCGUACAAUUUACCGCUUUAAAUAAUAACACGAUUAUAGACACCAAUUAGUAUUUUAUCUGCUUUUUCUAUCACGUGUAUCCUCGCCUAGUCCAGCGUCAGCAUUCAGUCAUGACGGAGUUCUGGUUGAUCUCGGCUCCUGGAGAGAAAACCUGCCAGCAAACAUGGGACAAGCUGAUGGUGGCCACCACUCGCACCAACAACCUGUCCACUAACAACAAGUUCAACAUCCCGGACCUUAAGGUCGGGACGUUAGAUGUUUUAGUCGGACUCUCAGACGAGCUGGCCAAGUUGGACUCUUUUGUGGAGAGUGUGGUGAAGAAGGUGGCGCAGUACAUGGCCGACGUGCUUGAGGACAGCCGUGAUAAAGUUCAGGAGAACCUGCUGGCAAACGGAGUGGAUCUGAUCACCUACAUCACGAGGUUCCAGUGGGACAUGGCGAAAUACCCCAUAAAGCAAUCUCUGAAGAACAUAUCUGAAAUCAUAUCUAAGGCAGUAACGCAGAUUGAUAACGACUUAAAGGCUCGAGCUUCAGCCUACAACAACCUGAAGGGAAACCUGCAGAACCUGGAGAGGAAGAACGCAGGGAGCCUGCUGACCCGCAGCCUGGCCGACAUUGUAAAGAAAGAGGACUUUGUGCUGGACUCCGAGUACCUCAUCACUCUGUUGGUGGUGGUACCGAAGACCAAUUAUGCAGACUGGCAGAAGACGUAUGAGACUCUCGCGGAAAUGGUGGUGCCGCGGUCCACAAAUUUGCUGUUUGAGGAUCACGACAGCGGGCUGUUCAGUGUCACGCUGUUCCGCAAAGCCAUCGACGACUUCAGGCACAAAGCCAGAGAGAACAAGUUCGUAGUACGAGAUUUCCAGUACAACGAGGAAGAAAUGAAGGCGGAUAAAGAGGAAAUGACGAGGCUCUCCACCGAUAAGAAGAAGCAGUUUGGUCCUCUGGUACGAUGGCUGAAAGUGAACUUCAGUGAAGCCUUCAUCGCCUGGAUCCACAUCAAGGCUCUGAGGGUGUUUGUGGAGUCUGUGUUAAGGUACGGCUUACCUGUGAACUUCCAGGCCAUGCUGCUGCAGCCCAAUAAGAAGAACAUGAAGAAGCUGAGAGAAGUGCUGUAUGAGCUCUAUAAGCAUCUGGACAGCAGUGCUGCUGCGAUUAUCGAUCAAUCUGCUAUGGACAUUCCCGGGCUGAAUCUGAGCCAGCAGGAGUAUUACCCCUACGUCUACUACAAAAUCGAUUGCAACCUGCUCGAUUUCAAAUAAUCCGCAAAAAUAAUGCAGCACUGCACGCCAUCACAUCCCACAGCUUUGUGGCUCAGUCCUAGUAAAGAAGUGUGAGAUGUUGUUUCGUUGAGUUGUAUAUUUAUCCUUCCACCUCUCUCUCUCUCUCUCUCUCUCUCUCUCUCUCUCUCUCUGUCUCUCUCUCACAUGUUCAUUCCUAUUCCGAGAUCCUCUUCACAUUGCUGCUCACUCCGGUGUGUGUGACUGCUGUCCCCAUCAUGUUUACAGGAUUUUUUUUUUAAACUCAUCUCUGUAUUUAUAAGUGAAUGGAUCAGAUCUGUAUCUAUAUAUAAAAGAAGCAAUUCUGUAUUUUAA